AUGGCUACAAAGACUGAGACAAUUUCUCAUUCAGUAUUCAACAAUAAUGGCUGUUCUUCUACACAUUUGUAUCUACCUCCCGAUUAUGAAGUAACCGAAGCCAUCGAGCUAUCCCCCAUCUCACCAGCAUCCUGCUCCACAAACUCUCUCCCCGAUUACACAGACAUAUACAACAAUAACACUUCGAAUCCCGAAGCAACUGACUUCUAUCCUACCAAACAACUUCAGAUCCAAGCAUCCGGAUUACCUCUCAUCAGGCUGCCUUUACCCCCACAGCCAGAUCCCAUCUACAUCUUCAAUGUCGCACCAACAGGAGACAUAGAGGAAGCAGAAUACGUCUCUAUUCGACCAGCUCGUAAUUCAGGAUCAUGCUUCCUAGCCCGAGCAAACGAUUGCGCACAAAUACCACUUUGCACGACGACAUAUCGCUUUGGACCAGGUAAACCUCCCAAGAUCCGUCUCGAAACAGAAUCACAGAACGGAAAAACAGAGGAUAUAGAGAUCAGUUGCAAGGGAGUCUUGACCCGUAGCGUAGUUAUGCGAACUCAUCUCAAUACCUUCGAAUGGCGAUAUAGUUCCCGCGCUGAGCGUCGUGCCGUACAAACCUCUGUUGGCGAGCAAGUCGACUGUUUGCUCAUUCUCGACCAGGUGAUCAAGGUAGCUGUCGCAGGUGGGAAACAAGAGGAGCGAAGACGAAAGGUUGGACAAUUUGUGCGAAGCAGUGGACUUCGUACUCCCGGUUCUAAGAGAAGUACUGCUGGAAAUGGAGGGCGACUUAUGCUUGACCUGCGUGAGUGGAUGGACAGAAAGGAGGAACGAUCAGAGAUGGAAAUCCUUGCCACGGCAAGCUGUGUGUCUAUGUUGAAGAAGGAGGUUGACAGAAGGAGGAUGCAUCAGGCUAUGGCGAUCAUGGGAGGUGCUUCUGGUGGCCCCUAA